GUCGGUGCUGGGCGGCGGAGCCAAGAUGGCGGCGGCCGAGGAGGCGGCGGGGGGCCCCGAGGGAGCCACGAAGCCGCUGUUUGCAGGUCUUGCAGAUGUGUCCAUAUCAGAAGAUAUUCCUGUGGAAGGAGAAAUUACAGUUCCUGUGGGAGCUCAUUCCCCUGAUGAAGACUACUCCACGCUGGAUGAGCCAGUUAAGGAUACAGUUAUGCGAGAUCUAAAAGCUGUUGGGAAGAAAUUUAUCCAUGUCAUGUAUCCCAAAAAGAGCAGUGCCCUUCUGAGAGACUGGGAUUUAUGGGGACCAUUAAUCUUGUGUGUGUUACUUGCACUAAUGCUUCAGGGAGGCGCAGCAGAUAAAACAGAAGACCGAGGGCCUCAGUUUGCAGAAGUGUUUGUUAUCAUUUGGUUUGGAGCAGUUGUCAUUACACUAAAUUCCAAGCUGCUUGGAGGAACCAUAUCUUUCUUUCAGAGCCUUUGUGUUCUGGGCUAUUGCAUCCUGCCUUUGACAGUGGCUCUGUUGGUCUGCAGACUUGUGCUGAUGGCAUCCCCGAAGCCUGGUACCUUCAUUGUGCGCCUCUUGGUAGUGAUAGCGAUGUUUGUCUGGUCAACAUUAGCAUCAACAGCCUUCCUAGCGGACAGCCAGCCUCCAAACCGCAAAGCCCUUGCUGUCUAUCCCAUCUUCCUUUUCUAUUUUGUUAUCAGCUGGAUGAUCCUCACCUUUACGCCGUAGCAACCGUGCAAUCGACAGAGACUGAAAAACUGAAUGAAGGUGGCUUUUGGCAUUUUUGUGGAAGUCCCUUUCAGUAGUUAUUCCCAUGUUGUCCUCUUAAUUUAUCUAUCCAUAUUUAUAGUGUGUUUUGUGAAAAGACGGGGCAUCCCCAAGCCCAAGGCCGAGGGAUGCACUGAAUGUCACCAAUGUGAUUCUUGUUCUUCAAAGAGCACUACUGAUGUCUGUUUUAUUUUGUCCUGCUGCUGUUGUAAAUGUCCACUAAAGGGCAUGUCUACCCUGUUUUGAAGAAUGCUAGUGAUAGAAGAUAGCUAAAUAAACUCCUAUCUUGGGCCUCAAGACUAUUGAUAAAUGGACAUCAGAUACCCAAAGUCAACUAUUUUAUUAGAAUUCCAGUCCCCAGUUGGCACUUUGUGUUGAAUAGAAUGUUGCCUUACAUAUUUUAAAAUAUGUGUUGACUUUGAAUAGGAGAGGCUUCCAAAAUUCCAUGAGUGGCACAGGGGAGAAAGCUGGUUGAAAUUUGUUCAAGGGCCUUGUCUUUCCCUUUUCUUUCCCCCCCGUCCACUUCCCAUGGUACACCGCAAGAAGAGCCAAACGCAGUUACUUCUCCCUCGGUCAAGUACAUCAGAAGUUUGCUCCAGAAGGCAUGAAUGCCACCUGAGUCAAAUGUAUUCAACAUGUUUCAUGCGUUGCAAUUGUAUGGGGAACAAUAUAUUUUCCAUCUGACUCAUGGAGAAACUAUUGCGUGGAUUGGACAGCUCAGUUUUCUUUGCUGAUCUGAAUGCAGAGUAUCAAAUCGGGAGAAAAGCUUCAGUGACCUAGGAUAUGCUUAAAUAAGCUUUGGCACAGGAGAUAUUGUCCUGCAGAAUGCAUAAGCCAUGGGCUCAAAUACUUAAGCCAUGGAGGAAUGUUGGGCAAAAUAGAAUCUCAGCCUUAAAAAUGGUUCUGGUGGCUUGGAAGUAUCAUGAGGGUCUAAGAUCCAAUCAUUCUUCACUGAGAUGGUUUUUCUAGCAGAAAUGCUUUGGCUUGGUGCCUGCAUCCCUAGGUCAGUGUCCUUAAAAAUGGCAGACUUCCUAUGUCACCUCUGUAGGAAAAGAAUACACGUUUGGUUACAAAAUGAGAAAACCUUUUGUGCAGCAAGAUACUGUGUGUACACAUUGGUAUAUGCCUGUGCUGUAUCUUCCUACUCCUAAAUGCUGAAAUCAUUGCGAGCCCUUCAGAAGACAGAUUGCUUUCCCAAAGGGAUUGUUCCUGUAACCUGCUGUUGUCAAGGAUCAGGGCAUAACAGUCAAGGCAGGGAUGGGCAGCGGUCGACCCUUUCACAAAGUGCAGCUUAAUGCAAUGUGAUAAUUUCUGAUAAAUUUUCCCAUUACGGGGGAAAUGGGCUUGAGAUAAUGUACUGUAUCCCUUGUAGCCCUAUACCUAAACAGCAAAAACUAAAUAAAUAAAUAAUGGCUGUGUAUAACAUGCAGGCUGCUUUCCUGAGUUCACUGCAAUUGCAUACACACACACACACGCAUGCAGUUUUAAACUGGCAUUUGGUUUUCCUUCCUCCCUAAUCCCAAACCCCAUAUUGUGCAUCUGCCUCCUUCCGUAGCAGCUGAUGAUAUCAACAGUGAUAGUUCAGAUCAGAGAGGCUGCUUUGCUCUCCUUGCUGUGCUUGCUAUGUAAUGUGGAAGGAGCAGGUUGGGGUGAGACAAGUAUUUAUUUGUAUGCAAAAGGUUAAUGCCCCAUGUUACUCUCAGUAUCUACCCCUGAAAACUUUUUGGAUUAUUUCUGUUUGACAGGAUUCCAUCUGCUCUUAGAAAUUAAACAGGGCCGGUAGCUGUGAAUUGUAGCCAUGUAGUAGAGAACUGACCUUGCGGAGUAGAAGGCAGCAGACUCUGAUUCCGACAAAUAAGGGCUUGGGCAGCCCCAGAAAUGUCCUUCUAAGCAGGAGUUUGGAGCAGCCUUCCCCUACUGAUGCCCUCCGGGUAUGCUGGACUACAACUCCCAGCAUUCGCGACCAUUGGCCAUGCUGGCUGAAGAGCAUGGAAGUCCAAAAUAUCCGGAGAGCACCAUGUUAGGGAAGGCCAGUUUAAAGAGUAACAACUCAUCUGCACAAAAACUCCAAGAGAUCGGAUCCUCUGGAAUGGGCCUGCCCUGAAAGUCACCUUUGGAGAACCAGAAUGAGUUCCCCUUCAUAAUGAGAUUUUAAAAAUACUUCUUUGUGUCUUAUGUGCAUUGUAUAGAGAGUGAUCCACAGGGAGUCAGUAAAAUUAAACUGCCAAUUUUGUGUUGUACAUAAUCUUAAAAGGUGGCAAAUCUUAGCUUUGCACUUUUAAGAUGGCUCGUCUUAUAUAAUUUAAUACUGUUCCUUAGGUUUGGCCUGGAGAGUAAACAUAGAAAUGGUUUACAUAGUAUUUUUAAAAUCAGUUUAAAGGAACAGCAACUGAUUGGUUAAGAUAUGAAAUAAUUUUGCUAUACUAUGAUAGUAAGGACUUGCUAGGUGUGUAUAGGUACUGCCAUCUUUCCAUCAUGAUGAAGGCUCCAAGCAGAGUUACCGGCUUGGAAUAUUUCUCACUAGAUCUCUCAGUGUAUUGGCCGUCUGACUCUUGCAAUAAGAUCAGCCUUUGUUUCCUGCCUGUAAUCUGCCACACGCUUAAAGCCAAAACUUCAAGGAACAGAGCUGUAUAUUUUUUAAAGUGUGUUCAGAAGAACCUUGUUCUUCAAGGUAAGGGAGGAACUGUUGUGAAUGACCUCUUACUUUAUUGACAAAAGGAGGCAGCCAGCCCUGGCCAAGGAAGUUGUGAUGUGUGGUCAAUCCUAUCACAUUGUCUUUCUGUGUGGCACCAGCUUUUUACAAAUGGGUCAGGAGACUGUUGAUUGCUCUAUAUCCAAGUGGCUAUCUUUCCAGUAACUCGGGCAGUAACUCUUGUACUUGCUGAUUUUGAGGAUUAGGGUCAGAAAAAGAGCAGACAGUGUACAUGUUCUGUCUCUGCUGUGGCCGAAGUAAGCCAUAAUUUGGAAGAAUUGUCCCAUCUGUGUAUAGUGACUCACGGCUGGUCAUCAAGUUGUGUUAAGUAGCUCGAACUUCAUCACGUUUGUUUUAUUUCAGUUUUAAUGUUUUCUAACAAUGAUUCUAAUGUUAAAUGGACCUAUUUACAGAUCCCUGGGCCACUUGGUUCAGUGAACUUGAAGGAUGGGAUUAUACGAUUGGCUUUUUGGCAGUUCCACAUACAUUACAAUUUGCACAUACUUCAGUAUGCAAAUCAUUCUCAGACACUAGAAAUCUUACAUUUGAGCCCUGCCCUUAUACAGGAAUGUCUGGCAGAUGCUUAAAAUCCAUCACAAGGCAACUGCAAAAAGUCACCUCUUGGUAGAGGAAGAAAACAAGUGGAGACAAUUGAUCCUGACUGGAGCUCAAUCUAGACCUGCCCAUGCUGUAAUGCUAUGAGAUGUAGACCCCGGGAGGGUCAGGGGUGGCACUCUGGGAAAGGAUGGAGGAAACGAACCAUUCUACGCGACACAGUUGGGUGCAAUUUUUGUUCUCUGAGCACAAAUACAUGAUUUAAACUUCAUGACAGAGCAGCAGUUGAUGUUGCAUUGGGAAGAGCAAAGGUUGAUCAAGGAAUUGGUGAAGAUAAGAACAGAUUUUUGCCUUAGCAAACCUGUGGGAUGCUCUUGUUUUAAACCAACAUCUGAUUCAUGUUUUAUUUAAACUGCUAUUCUGUCACGGGCUGUGUCAUUUUCUUCAAAUCUUGAUUUUAAUGUUGGUCUUGUACAUAAUUUCACUGCUAAUCUGUGUGUUUGGGGUGGGAAAUAAAACAUGUAAAUUAUUUAAUUGUAAACUUUUAUAAAUUAAAAUGUUGAAACAGG